AUGGAUACAAACGGCAAGGCGACCAACGCAAGAUCGCGCUCGAACAAGUCUCGACCUCCUGAUGCAGCCCCUGAUGCAACCUCCCGCCCAGCUCGUACAGAUCGAGGUUCUACUUCACGGAAGACUCGAAAGCCGCGGCCGUCGGAUGCUGAUGAUGUCGAGACUACACCCACAAACGCAGAGACACUGAACCCACCGCCAACAAAGGACUCGAAGCGAUCACAGAAAGCGCCCAAGACAGGAGCCCAACAAGCUCCGAAAGGCGGCAGCAGCAGCAACAGCGGCAGCGUCAACGUCAAGAAGUUUGCCGAAGACAUGAUUCAGUACCGCCUUGACCACUGGAGAGCGAGGGCCGCCGUCGUUUACACCACCGGUCAGAGAGAUGCAACUCCCCUCUGGAGCCCCCAUUGGGCUGGCGUUGUCCCCCAACAGAGAGGCUAUAGCUUGUUUGAUGGGUUUGACCGCACCUGGUUCAUCCCCUUUGACAUCUCCACGCCGCUUCCACGGGACAAGCAACACGUUGCGGAUGAUCUCCAGCGCCGGGGCAAGGAAAUGAAGGAGAUUUUCGAGUCCAAGAAAGAGUAUAUUCUGCCCAGACUGCAGGUUGUUCUGGAACAGGAGAUCAAGACCAAGUGCCAAGAUCAGUGGGAUCAGAACUGGGAACAGAAGGACUUGCCGCCGGUGAAGUGGUCCGAUGUAAGGCACAAGUACGGGAUCACGGAACAAGUCAACCUGAUAGCCAAAAGCCGUUUGGCCGAUGGAAGAGCACUCCUGCCAGGGUACUACACAGUCAUCGUCCUAGACCUUGCCGUCGACGGCAAAAUGAUUUUUCAACGGGUCAAUAUGCCGCCCGACAUCAGUCUGCAGGGCUUUCUGUCACGACUCGAAAGCUGGUCUGUCUCCAAAAGCGAGGACGAUGGGCAUCUUCUGGACUUGGUACGGACUAAGCUGGAGCAGAUCUUGCUGCGCGGGACUGCGGCGGCGAUGCAAAAGGCUCAAAACUUGCUCGACCAACUGAACAAAUCUACCUUUAAGGUGGAUUGUGAAGGAAGUGAGAUGGAUACUUGGGUCUUCAAGUUGAAUCACAACGUCAACUACUACAUCCGCCCAGCGCAGGGGCCGGCCGACAUCAGACGCUGGAAGGGGCUCAAGGAGGCGUCCUUUGACGAAUUCGUCCAGGGGGUUCGUGCAGGAAAGCAUCCAGUUGUUGUUCGACCUUGGAAGAUCCGACUGCGACGGAUGUGGCCCGACAUUGACGAACUCGACGAUAGACUCCCGCCCGACACCGCUACUGGCGAACCGGAAUUGUCGUUGGAGCAGUUCGACAUUGUCGAUGAGCUCCUAGCGCAGCAUAGCGAUCAAGAAAAGAGACAAGGGAGGCGGUUUAUCCAGGCAAUGGAACAGGCCCGGAAGCCAUUGGACUGA